AUGUUCGACGACACCACACGGCCGGCUGGUCAUGUUGGGACGGUCACUCUCCUGUCUUUUCCCGAGUGUCUCACAUUGCAGCUUCAUGCAGAGAGGCCACCGAAGGAUGGCCUUACCAAGAACCUGGCCGCCUCGGGGUUUGCAAGAAGCGACAGCUACAACAUGAACACGGAACUUGACGUGAGGGUCCCGACACUAGGUUGGAAUGGGCUGGCCUGA